AUGGCUGAACGAUAUACCUUGGUCACAGAGCCACAGCUCAUAAUCGAUCAGGAUACAGUCGUGCAGAACAACACACACAUGACGAGAUUUGGUGAUUCGAACUUCUGUGUGUGGGUCAUGAAGCAGCUCAACACAGUCGGUCGUUGGCACAUGGUUGAACCGUUCGUCAGGCUCCCUGGCCAGAUGCUCGAUGUUCAGACCAUCAACCAGAGACUCCACAGUGGCGGCUAUCCCGACGCUGCGACCUUGCAGCAAGAGCUUCUGUCCAUUCCCACCAACUGGCUGAAAAACAACUCAGGUCAGAACCGCAGACAUGCGAAAGCUAAUGAUCUCUUACUUGAGCUCCCUGCACUCUUCAGGUCAAGAAACCGCGUGGACAACGCACACAGAAGAAGCCAACAGCAGCAGCAGCCACCUACUGGUCCCUCGGUCUCUGCCUCUGCUAACACCAACCCUGGUACCGCUGGCAAUGCUGCUUCCGGCAGUGGCCAGAAUCCUGCACAGGGAUCUGCUCAGGUAUCUGUUCAGGAUUCCGCUCAGAAUGCCGCCCAGGGUGCUGCUGCCGCUGCCGCUACCGCUCAAAAUGCUCUUUCUCUUCUGUCGCCUGCUGCCGCCUCUCAACCUCCUGUUAUUGUCACCCGGGAAUUGUCCAUCCCCAUCCGCCUUAGCGCCCCACCUCCUGGAUCCUCUCGCAAGCCUAACAGUCACUCUGAAAGAAGACCAGUUGAGAACCGAGCAAGCAACACUGGCACCUCCGAGUACUCCUUUGGCAGGGACAUUGAGGACGCACUCCGCGAAGGCAGCGAGGAGGCAUCUGAGCACAGCUCCGCACUACAUCAGGCACGUGCUGGAAAGAAAAGAGCAGCCAGUGGUGACAACAUUGGCACAGACUCCAAGAGGGUCCGCCAGGAGACCCCUAAGUACAAGUAUCGGUAUGUGUUGAGAACAACCGUUGACAUAAGACUGAAGAUACUGACGAACCGCAGCGAGCUGCGCGUGGAGAUCGCUGGAGUGUUUGACAGGGAGAUGGAACUCGUUCACUCAGGCGGUUCCAGCAUUGAGCUUGCUGAAGGCGCACAACGCUAUGUUGAUCACGUAUCUCAGAUGGAUGCCAGAGCCAUGGAGAAGGCCAGAAAGGUAGACCUGAACGGGAUUAAGGAGGACUGUGUCGAAGAGCUCGAGAAACUUCUCGUAGAGGCCGUCCAGGAGCACAUCAACAAGGUACUUGCCAGCAAGGGUCAGUACAUCCAUCCCAGAGUGUCGUUGUCUAGCAAGAUGGAGGAUGAGGAGGAGGACAACAAUGACCAGGAACAUGAAUCGAAGGCCAAGGUCAAGAGGGAGUAA